AUGGACCUCAAGGAGAAGUGUCAGAUCACAGCUCCUGAGAGCCGUGGCACCAUCCGUGUUUACCUGGUGUCGGCCGCGCCUCUCGGGCUGAGGCUGCGAUCGCUGGGGCAGGGGUCAGCUCCGGAGGAGCCCCAGCAGUCUAAAGUUCACAGGAGGGAAGAUGAUUUCAGGAAAACAGAGACUCAGACGGGUGAUGAUGAAUGCAAGCCAUUCACGGAUGAGAUGACCUCAAGUUUGGGCCUUACCACAAAGAAAGCCCUCACGAUCCUGAGAGACCAGUUGUCAGCACUGCUGGAGGGGCAUCAGAAGGAAAGGAAAAAAGUGACUUCGUGGAAGGAGGUGUGGAGGAGCAGUUUUCUGUACCAUGGUAACCGUUGCUCCUGUUUCCAUUGGCCUGGUGUGUCUCUGAUGCUUCUGGCAGUGCUGUUGCUGCUGUGCUGCUAUGGGAGCCAGCCCCAGGGGAGCCAAGGUGCUGAGAUAGUUAAUGCACUGGCACUCUUCCUCCUUCUCCUCUUGGAUCUCUUCAUGAUUGGGCGUCAAGAGAGGCUGAAGUGCAGAGAGGUGGAGAGGAGACUUCAGACAAUCAUCGACAGGAUAAAUGAUACACUCGACAAAGAGGUGAAAUGGCCAGACUCUGUGUACCCUGACCUUCACAUGCCUUAUGCCCCAUCCUGGUCCCUUCACUGGGCCUACAGGGAUGGUCACCUUGUCAACCUGCCUGUCAGCCUGUUAGUCGAAGGAGAUGUCAUUGCUCUGAGGCCAGGCCAGGAGUCAUUUGCUUCUCUGAGAGGGAUUAAGGAUGAUGAGCACAUAGUUCUGGAGCCAGGAGAUCUGUUUCCACCUUUCUCACCUCCGCCUUCCCCAAGGGGAGAAGUGAAGAAGGGACCUCAGAACCCUCAGCUCUAUCGUCUUUUCCGUGUCUUGAAGACCCCAAUAAUUGAUAAUGUCAGGUGGUGUCUGGAAAUGGCUUUGUCACGUCCUGUGACAGCCCUGGAUAAUGAGAGAUUCACUGUGCAGUCAGUGAUGCUGAAGUACGCUGUCCCUAUUGUGCUGGCUGGCUUCCUGAUCACCAAUGCUGUGCGCUUCAUUUUCAAAGCUCCUGGGAUUGCUUCCUGGCAGUACACUCUCCUUCAACUACAGGUGAAUGGUGUCUUACCCAUCCUGCCAUUGCUCUUUCCUGUCCUGUGGAUUCUUGCUACAGCCUUUGGAGAAGCCAGAGUCUUGGCCCAGAUGAGCAAGGCCUCAUCCACCUCACUGCUUGCUAAGUUUUCAGAGGACACUCUCAGCAGCUACACAGAGAUGGUAUCUUCUCAGGAAAUGAUACGUUGCAUCUGGAGCCACUUCCUCUGUGUUUUAAAAGGCAAAUCUCCAACGCUGAGCUUCACUUCCAGCUUGCUCCAUAGUCUAGGAUCUGUCACUGUGCUCUGCUGUGUAGACAAGCAGGGGAUUCUUUCCUGGCCAAACCCCAGCCCAGAGACUGUUCUGUUCUUCAGUGGGAAGGUGGAACCACCUCAUGAUAGCCAUGAAGAUCUGACCGAUGAGCUCUCUACACGGUCUUUCUGCCAUCCAGAAGUGGAAGAUGAGCCCCAUGAAAGAGAUGCUUUGCUCUCUGGGCCCCUGGCAGACACAGUCCACAUGAGCAAUGAGCAGGAGAGGAACAACUGGUCUAGUGACCCUCCAAAGGCUCCCGAUGCCCAUGGCCACCGAAAGCCGAACAGCAGAAGCAAGCACCCCUCUGGGUCCAACGUGAGUUUUAGUAAGGACACUGAGGGUGGAGAAGAGGAACAUACUCAGGUUGUUGGUGACAGCGAGGUUUUGGCUUGUGAGGCUGAAGACUUCGUGUGUGACUACCACCUCGAGAUGCUUAGCCUGUCCCAAGACCAGCAGAACCCCUCCUGCAUCCAGUUUGAUGACUCCAACUGGCACAUGCACUUGAAUUCCCUCAAGCCGCUGGGCUUGAACGUGUUGCUCAAUCUCUGCAAUGCCAGCGUGACAGAGCGUCUGUGCCGCUUCUCUGACCACCUCUGCAACAUUGCCCUCCAGGAAACUCACAAUGCCGUGCUGCCGGUCCAUGUGCCCUGGGGCCUCUGUGAGCUUGCCAGGCUGAUAGGUUUCACACCAGGUGCUAAAGAUCUUUUCAAGCAGGAGAACUAUUUGGCCUUGUACCGCUUGCCAAGUGACGAGAUGGUUAAGGAAACAAUCCUGGGGAAGCUUUCGUCAAUCACCAAGAGGAGACCACCCCUGAGCCACAUGAUUAACCUUUUCGUGAAGGACACCACAACCAGCACUGAGCAGAUGUUUUCUCAUGGGACAGCUGACAUCAUCUUGGAGGCCUGCACAGACUUUUGGGACGGUACCGAUAUCUACCCCCUCUCUGGCUCUGACAGGAAGAAGGUGUUAGAUUUCUACCAGCGAGCCUGCCUCUCAGGAUACUGUUCUGCCUUUGCGUACAAGCCAAUGCAUUGUGCCUUGUCCUCCCAGCUCAACGGCAAGUGCAUAGAACUGGUGCAGGUCCCUGGGCAGAGCGCGAUUUUCACAUGCUGUGAUCUCCCUGGGACGACGCCCAUCAAACAGAGCAGUCGGAGGAACAGCUGGAGCUCGGAUGAAGGGAUUGGGGAAGUGAUGGAGAAGGAAGACUGUAUCCAGGCUCUGAGCGGACAGAUCUUCAUGGGAAUGGUCUCAUCUCAGUAUCAGGCCCGUCUCGACAUUGUCCGCCUCAUUGAUGGAUUGGUCAAUGCCUGCAUUCGUUUUGUCUACUUCUCCCUGGAAGAUGAGCUCAAAAGCAAGGUGUUUGCUGAGAAGAUGGGUCUCGAGACCGGCUGGAAUUGCCAUAUAUCUUUAACGCCUAAUGGUGAUGUGCCUGGUUCAGAGAUCCCUCCCUCGAGCCCUAGCCACGCUGGCUCUCUGCAUGAUGACCUACAUCAGGUUUCUCGAGAUGAUGUGGAGGGGCUUCUGCUGAUGGAAGAGGAAGGGCACUCGGAUCUCAUCAGCUUUCAGCCAACAGACAGCGAUAUCCCCAGCUUCCUGGAGGACUGUAACAGGGCCAAACUCCCACGGGGGAUCCACCAGGUGAGACCUCACCUGCAGAACAUAGAUAAUGUGCCUUUGCUGGUGCCUCUCUUCACAGACUGCACCCCAGAGACCAUGUGUGAGAUGAUCAAGAUCAUGCAGGAGUACGGGGAGGUGACUUGCUGUCUGGGAAGCUCUGCCAACCUGCGGAACAGCUGCCUCUUCCUACAAAGUGAUAUCAGUAUAGCGCUGGACCCUCUCUACCCAUCUCGCUGCUCCUGGGAGACUUUUGGCUAUGCCACCAGCACCACCAUGACUCAUGGCUCUGAGGAGCUCACCCCGCUGCAGCUCUCAGGGCAGCUCAAUAGCCUGCCUUGCUCCAUGUCCUUCCGCCAAGAAGAGAGUACCAGCAUCAUUAGGCUUAUAGAGCAGGCCAGGCAUGCAACGUAUGGGAUCCGCAAGUGUUUCCUCUUCCUGCUGCAGUGCCAGCUGACCUUGGUUGUCAUUCAGUUCCUGUCCUGCCUGGUGCAGCUGCCCCCCAUCCUCAGUACCACAGACAUUGUGUGGCUCUCCUGUUUUUGCUACCCACUGCUCAGCAUCUCGCUCCUCGGCAAGCCUCCUCACAGCUCCAUCAUGACCAUGGCAACAGGAAAAAACUUGACUUCCAUUCCUAAGAAGCCUCAGCACCACUUCCUUUUUUUCAGCCUGACCAUCUGCUCCUGCCUCAUCUGCUUCGGGUUCACGCUGCACGAGUCCUGCAAAGAAGUGAACACUACCAGCCUCAAUCUCACAACCUGCUCUUCCAUCAUGCUGCACAGCAAUGCUGAUGGUGCUCCUGACUGGUUUGGGACAUUUUCCAAUGCUCUUCUUGUAGCCCAGAAGCUCACAGCUGGCCUGGUUGUUUUACACACAGUGUUCAUAUCCAUCACUCAUGUCCAUCGCACCAAGCCGCUGUGGAAGAAGAGCCCCCUCUCCAAUCGGUGGUGGACGCUCACUGUGGCUGUUGUAUUGCUGGGGCAAGUGGCACAGACUGCGCUGGACCUGAAACUCUGGGAAAACCUCAACUCUUCACUGACCUUUAACCACGUUUCCAUUUCUCCGGUCUCGUGGCUCCUGGGUUUUCUUUCCUUAGUUCUUGUGGUUAUCAUCAAUGAGAUUGUCAAGCUGCACGAAAUCAGGGUCCGGGUCCGUUACCAGAAGAGGCAGAAGUUGCAGUUUGAAACAAAGCUGGGGAUGAAUUCACCGUUUUAA